AUGGAAGACUCAAUGGGCAUGAGUCCUCUUGGGCCUCAGAACUACCUUUUUGGUCAUGGACUGAAAGUUGAUAUAGAUUAUUACUUUAAGGUAGAUAAUGGUGAGAAUGAACACCAGUUAUCACUAAGAACGGUUAGUUUAGGGGCAAAAGAUGAAUUAUGCAUUGUAGAGGCAGAAGCAAUGAACUAUGAAGGCAAUACAAUUAAAGUAACACUGGCAACUUUGAAAAUGUCUGUACAACCAACAGUUUCCCUUGGGGGCUUUGAAAUUACACCACCUGUGGUCUUAUGGCCAAGGUGUGGUUCAGGGCCUAUGCACAUUAGUAGACAGCACCUAGUAGCUGUAGAGGAAGAUGCAGAGUCAGAAGAUGAAGAUGAGGAGGAUGUAAAAGUCUUAAGUAUGACUGGAAAGCCAUCUGCUCCUAGAGGUGGUAACAAAAUUCCACAGAAAAAAGUAAAAGUUGAUGAAGAUGAGGAGGAGGAUGAAGAUGAUGAUGAAGAUGAUUUUGAUGAUGAAGAAACUGAAGAAAAAGUCCCAGUGAAGAAAUCUCUCAAGAGUCCUUCAAAAAACAGGAGAAACUCCUAA